CUUUCUCAACAUGGCACCGAAGGCGAAGAAGGAAGCUGUCCCUGCCAAGACCGAGGCCAAGGUGAAAGCCCUAAAGGCCAAGAAGGCUGUUCUGAAGGGAGUCCACAGCCAGAGGAAGAAGAAGAUAAGAACCUCUCCGACCUUCCGCCGCCCCAAAACGCUGCGCCUCCGCAGACAACCCAAGUACCCCCGGAAGAGCGCCCCUCGCAGGAAUAAGUUGGACCACUAUGCCAUCAUUAAGUUCCCUCUGACGACAGAGUCUGCCAUGAAGAAGAUCGAGGACAACAACACCCUCGUCUUCAUCGUAGACAUCAAGGCCAACAAGCACCAGAUCAAACACGCCGUCAAGAAGCUGUACGACAUCGAUGUGGCCAAGGUCAACACGCUCAUCCGGCCUGAUGGGGAGAAGAAGGCAUAUGUCCGUUUGGCUCCAGAUUACGACGCGCUGGAUGUUGCCAAUAAGAUUGGCAUCAUUUAACCGGCUGCUGGGGAGAUGUACAGAGGAAUAAAUGUUUGUUAAAAACCUCGCGCUCUCUUGUCCCGUGUGUCAUUGGUUGAUAUCUGUUCAGUCUGGUGGGAUGUUGUGAUGUAUUUCAUGUCGUAGAGAACUGUUAUAAAGCAGUGUAAAAACAUCCCAUGACUUGCAGGUGAUUGGUGCCAGAAAUGGACCGAACGAUGAAUGGAUGGGACACCUGCUCACUGAAUAUUCCCGUUCUGGUGUUGAAAUGUUGCAUAAUAAACAUGUGCAAUCCUUC